GUAAUGGCAUCUACUAUCCAUCCAAGACCAUCAUACAAACAAGCUAAGCUCCGUAGUCUUCUCUUGUAUUCACAAAUUUCAAGCUUACCUUCAAAGUCCAACAAGUUCCUACGAUAUGUCUAAACCAUCACCAGAGAUUGAAUUUGAUGAUUUAGAGCAGCUAAGCCUGAUUGGAGAAGGAGAUGGAGGGAGCAAAGUUUACAAAGCUGUGCAUCACCCAACCGGAAACCUCUAUGCACUAAAACAAUUAGGAAAAUCCCCUUUUCAAGAUUUCUACUCAAAAGAACGAAUCCACCAUGAAAUCAACAUCCUCAAGCACUUAGACCACCCAAAUUUGAUUAAAUUCUACCAAUUCUUUGAUCAAGAUGAAAACUUUCUUCUCUUGCUUGAGUACUUGAACUGCAAAACCCUCGAGGGAAGCCAUAUCACCAAGGAAUCCACACUUUCAGACAUAGCCAGUCAAGUAUUGUCCAGCUUGGCUUACCUCCAUAGGAGAAAGCUUUUGCAUCGAAACAUCAGACCUUCAAAAAUCUUCAUGAAUUCUCAAAAGGGUAUAAAGAUAUCAUUUUUGGGACCAAUCUUUUCAUUCCUUGGUGGGUUUUCAAUGGCAGCAUACACAAGUCCUGAAAACUUGGAUUUAGAUUUGAACCAACGAAUGGACAAUGGGUACUCUGGAGACGUAUGGAGCCUUGGGAUAACCAUUCUUGAGUUGUAUCUGGGCUCAUUCCCCUUCAACUGUGGAAGAAAAUCUGACUGGGAAAUACUUAAGCAGACAAUCUGGCAUGAACAGCCACCUGAAGCUCCUCCAACAGCAUCACCAGAAUUUGCUGACUUUAUAUCGUGUUGUUUGAAGAAAGAUCAGGGGAAAAGAUGGACUGUUGAGCAACUACUUGGCCAUCCUUUUAUUUUUCUCAGAAAAAUUGGAAGCAGGAAAAUCCAGGGGUUUUUGGAUGCAUCAAACUUGGCAUUCAGUGAUUCAAGGGAUCAUACCUCAGCUGCUUUAUCCAUACAGAAGACAUAUCGAGGUUGGAAAGGUCACAAGGAUUUUCUUGCAAGACGGCAGAAAGUGAUAAAGAUACAGGCUUAUGUGAGAGGGUAUCAGGUCAGGAAAAUAUAUAAGGUAUACAGUGUUGCGAGUUUUCCAGAAGAGUCCGGAAUCAGGUGGCAUCAAGGAGGACUUGGUCUGAGGGGAUUUGGGCGUGAGAAAGAAUGUGUGAAUGAAAUUGAAAGGGAACAGGUUCAGAAGUUGUCCCAUCGGCUGAAAUUUGAACAAGCUCGCAAUGAGGCUGGCUACAGGUUGGCUUCAGUGGGUGACUUUCCAGAUGAACAUGAGCAGCAUCAGGGAAAUUUUAAAGACUAUGGUGAAUCUACGGUGCCCUCAGAACCAUCAUUUGGUUCUCCCAUCUCUUCUUCAACUACGUGGACUUUAACUCAAGAGAAGUUGCUUGAGAGUGCUCUGCAGUUGUUUUCUGAGGACUGUCCCAAUCGUUGGGAAAAAGUGGCAGCUGUAGUUGGUGGUGGGAUGUCAGCUGAUGAUGUUAAAAAUCAUCCGAAAGUGCUUGUCACUGGAUACCAAAUUUCCAAGCCUAAGCAAGCUGUUCUGACAUCCGGAUAUGCUCCUUUGAAACAUCGAAGAUCAAAAGUUCCCACUACAUUAAUUCAUGUAUCACCAGAGGAAUUUCGGGCAACUGUAAUGAAAUGGACUGGAUCUAGAAAUCAACAGACAAGUGAAAUAGCCAAGGCCAAAGAAUCUCCACUUGAACCAUUUGAACCUGGAUCCAAGGAUAAGAGAACAUAUUGUACAGGAGGGAAGAAAGAGUCAAAUAAGAUUGCUACAAAUUUGGAUGCUGAAUUUAAGAAUUUGCCUGAGUAUGUCAGAAGGUGUGUAACAUAUUGCACCUUGUUUCCUCUUGGUUAUGAAUUUGAGAAGGAUACGUUGGUGCAAUUAUGGAUUGCAGAGGAACUCAUUGUUGCCAAAGCUAAAGAAAAACUGGAGAAUCAGGGUGGCAUUUGUUUUGAUAUUUUGGUAUAUAAGGAUUAUAUUGUGCCCUCAAGAUUCGAUAAGCUCUAUAGACAGCAAAAGUAUAAGGUUAAUGAAUCUAAGUGUUCUAUGUGGUAUUUUCAACAAGGUUUUUCUGAGGAAUCCUAUGUAAGGUUUGAGGAAGGGAAGUUGGAGGACAUAUCUAGAAAAACCUUACAUUUAUCCUUGCAAAAGUUGGAUUCAAGUCAUUUUGAGGCUCUUAAAAAUUGCAAACAAUUGCGCACGCUUCUAUUUCUUGGAGAGUGUGUCCCUUCAAUCAAUCAGCUACCUCGUGAUCUUUUUCUAUGCUUGAAGAGUUUAAGAACUUUGGAUUUAAGUGGAACCCUCGUAUCAGGAUUGCCAAGUUCUAUAGGGUGUUUAGAAUUAUUACAUUACCUCGACUUCUCUUAUACUCCCAUUAGAAUUUUGCCUAGAUCAAUUGAAACCCUUUAUAGUUUACAAACACUAAAACUCAGAGAUUGCUUUGCUCUUCGUUCAUUGCCUCCGGGAAUGAGAAAUCUGACUAGUCUUCGACAUUUGGACUUUGACAUUGUACGUCAAUUAAACUUCAUUCCGAAAGGAAUGGGGAGUUUGACAAAUCUUCAAACCUUGAAAGCAUUCCUAGUUGGAAGGGAAGAAGGAUGCAGUGUUGCAGAGCUAAAAGAUUUGGAUAAUAUCACUGGAACAUUUUGCAUCGCAAGGCUUGAAAAUGUUGCAAACGUGGUUGAAGCUAAGAAAGCUGCUCUAAACAGCAAGCAGUACAUAACAAAACUUGAGUUAAGAUGGGGUGAACAUAGAUAUCAAAACUCCAAGGCUGAAGAGCAGAUCUUGGAGUAUCUUCAGCCACAUACAAAUCUUGAAAGCUUACAGAUACUGUUUUACAAUGGUUCAUUACUUCCAAGUUGGAUUAGUAAUCCAUCAUUCACUAAUCUCGCAAGCAUCACCCUUUGCAACUGCAAGAACUGCUAUCUUUUACCCUCUAUGGGAGAGUUACCCUCCUUGAGUAUCCUCAAAAUAGUUGGUAUGGCUGGCCUAAGAGACAUCAACCGUCUGUUUUGCAGAAAUUACAGAAGUCAAGGCUUGAAAGCAUUUCCCAAGUUGGAGAAAUUGACACUUGAGAACAUGCUUAACCUUGAAGAAUGGACCGGAAUGGAGAAUGGAGACCUUCCAUGCCUUCUUCAAAUGUCUAUAAUAUGCUGCCCAAAAUUAUAUGAUCUUCCAUUGCUUUCACAUUUUAAAGCACUCAAGAAACUUGAGAUAAGCUACUGUGCAGCCCUGCAAUCUUUGCAUGCAGAACAUCAACUUCCUCCUUCACUUCAAUCUUUAAUCUUAAGAGAUUGUCCAAAGGUUACAGAAAGAUGCCGCAAGGAUGGAGGUGAAGACUGGUUUAAGAUAGUUCAUGUGCCUAAUAUUUGGAUUGAUGAUGAAGAAAUUUCUCUCAAUUGAUAGCUCAAGUGAUACGAUCUCAUUACACAACUGAAUAAGCGGAAAUGCUGUUAUGGCAUCUGACAUACAAUCAUGCCUAUUCUUGUUAGGACAUCAUCGAGUAAUGAGAGACCAUCUGUUUGUUCUUGGGUGUGGUGUAAACUGCUUAAGCUAAGGCGUUAGGUACACCAUUAUAUCAUGCAUGUGAUAGAUGUUGGGGAAAAUACGAGUUUUUGGUUUGAUUUUUGGCAACUUAUAGGCCCUCCACACCAGAAGUUCAGUGGGAAAUUUCUCCAUCCUCUUGGUCUUAUUGUAAAGGGUCUAAAGUGGCUCAAUUUAUUAAAUGUAGGGAUUGGCAAUGGCCUCAAGGUAGAAAGUUUAAUCUCAAGGUGAGAAGGUUGAACUUGGCUACUCCAAUAUGCUUUGUUCCUCUUCCUGAUAGCUCUGAUUCUAUCUACUGGACUGCCAGUACACCUGUUCAGUUUCUUUGAAAUCAGCGAUAGAACCCUCGUGUCUUGAGAUGUCCAGGCAGUAAAGUUGAAUGGUACCAGUUGGUGUGAAGCACAGGUUUUGUUCUCAAAUUUUCUUCAUCCUGUGGCUUGCAUGUAAGAAGAAGCUGUUGACCAGAGACAGGCUAAGGAGUUGGUAUUGCUGCACCCUCUAAUUGUGUUUCAUGUGGUGAUUGAGGCUGAAACCAUUAAUCAUCCUUUCUGUGUGUAAUGUCUUGCAGAAAGUACCGGCCUUUUGUUUUACUUAUCACGUUGCAUGCAAGUGCUUGGCCUGAUGAGCUACAUUGGAUGUGUCACCAUUGGAAGGGCAAGUGUUUUUGCUGUCAAUUUGAAGAGGCUAAUGCUAGCUGUUACAGUCUAUCAACUUUGGCGAAUGAGGAAUGAGGUAAUAAAUUCAGCAUCGUUCUCCCUCAACUUGUGCUGUUGUAGCUGGAAUUGUUGGCAUAGUUUAGAUUGGCUGUGAGUAUUUGGAGAGAUGUUCCUUGUACAAAAGAAAAUCGGGAUUUAGCAUUGGGGUUUGUAACAUGGGAUUUUUUGAGCAUGAUUUUUUUAAAAAAAAUAGAAAUAUCUGUUUUGGUGGGAUUUGUUCAGCAUGAUUUAGGGACAGGGGGAGGGGACACAUUGUAUAAGGAAAUCUGUUGGUAUAUUACAUUGUUAGAGAGAUAUUUGUUACAAUUUAUGCUGAUGUGGUAUGUUUGAAGAUGAAAUGAUGAUGAAAUAUGUUUAGCCAUGUACGGGACAAGGAAGGUUUGGUUUUAAUAUAAAUCUUUCCUACAAAACCGAAUGUGCGGUGGAAAGCAUGAGAUGUUAAA